GAUAUUUCCACUAGAAACCAGACAAAAUGACUUGGUAAUGUUUGUGUUUUUGUGGUGUAAUCUACUGGACACCAUGUUCUUAUUCACAUGAUAUUUUUGUCUAUUUCUUUUGCAGUAGGUUCUUUUUCUGUAUAGGGUUGGCCCGCUGCUGUACCUUUUGUUCUUUUUUAUCAGCUCACCAGGUCCAGCUUUCUGUUAAUUCUUUUGGGAUUUAGUUCUUUUGGGGAUGCAGGGAUUUAGGGUAUUUAACUCUCUUUUUGUCUUUAUAGAAAAUCAAAAGCAGCUGAACCAAAGGAAAAUUUCUAGAGUUUUUAAAUAAAAAGAAUAUUUUCACCCUCACUCUUGCAUCUUUGUCCGCAAAUACAUUAUGCAUUACUUUGUUGCCCUUUCAUAUAAAAUCUGGCCAAUUAAAUAUCAUAAUAUGAUGGAAAGUUUUAAGGGGUGUGAAUAUUAUGGGAGGUUUAUUCUGUGCAGCUGGACACGCAGCGAGAGCCUCAUGUUUACACAAACUGAACAUGGGAGGAGAACGACUCAGAGAAUCUCCAAAGACCCUCCUCCAGCAAUAAGCGCUGUCCUGCCUCCUCUUCCUCCUCCUCCUUCUCCUUCAUCUCCCAGCCGGUCUCCAGAGAGCCAGACGCAGAGUUUAGUCUCUUAUCCUCUAAUUAACAGAGAAUUUUGUGCCAUUUUUGCAACCUCUCCCCCUCUGCUUCCAAUGGGCCAGAGAGACUGAUCCAGCUGUUUGCACUGCACACAUGGAUUGUUGCGCCUUUGCUGCGGUUCUGGGAUGUUUACGCAUCGCGCUGCUCUGGGCUCUGCAACUAGGAGCGCUGGCGCAACACGCUCCAGAGUGUUACCCUGGAGGACAUCGGAUCUUACGCAGCCCCUACCGCAGCGUCGACUUCGACUCCACAGAGAUCCAGAACACGGCCAUCCAGGACCUGAUCUGUGACCAUUCACUGUUGGCCGGCUGGUACCGAUUCCGGAUCAACAACAAGCCGGCAGAGAUGCCAACCAGCUGCAUUGAGAUGAACCACUGUGGCACCCAGGCUCCAAUCUGGCUGUCGCUGAAGGACACCUCUCUGCCGCGACCCGGCCAAGUCCGCCAGCUCUCUGCCUGCGCCACAUGGCAGUUCUUCCACGGCAGCGCCAAAGACUGCUGCCUUUUCCGCAUCCCCAUCACGGUGAGGAACUGCGGCGACUUCCUGGUCUACUACCUGCAGCCGACGCAGGGCUGCAUGGGAUACUGCGCUAAAGUUGCUCCAGAAUCAGGAUCCAGAGUCUGUUUACCAGGAGAAGUGGAAGUUAACGGACAAUGCAAAGUUUUGGUUCCGUCUUUGCCUUCCCGGCCAGUGAUCACCCCAGAGCCCAUCGGACACAGCGUCCACCUCCGGUGCUCCUUCGUCCCGCCGCCCUGGAGCCAGAUACUGGGCUUCCAAGUGGUUUGGGCCCGACACAUCGGCCACAAGAUGAAGGCCGAGAUCAGGCAGGAAUCAACGCUGAAGCCCUUCUCUCUGGUGGAGAUGGAUGGCGUCCACUUCAGGCUGGGAGAGACGUUCUCAUGUAGUGUGUCGAUUUUCAAAGUUAGCUCUAACCACACCAGAUCCUCUGCAAAGGAAAGUGAAAGUUUCUACGCUGGAUUAAAGUUUUCUCCAGACUCUCUUCACAUAGCAGAGAACAACAUGGAGCAUGAAGUGACUGUCCACAGCACAGUCCCCAUUCCCUGCUUUAGCUCCAACCUUGGCCACCAGUGUGGAGUCCCUCUGGCUUUGAGUGUCCACAAUCCAGAGAGCCUGAGGCAUGAGGUCCCCAAUGUGGUGGUGUCGGCCUGCCAGGUGGAAAUCCAGCCAAAAACCUGCAGGGACGACAGCUGUGGCAGCGCAACAUUUGUCCUCACCGCUGUGACGGAUUUCACACGUGACGGAAAUCGACUGAGCCUGGUCUCUGUUUUACCUGGACCUGGUGCUCCGAGACUCUGGAGGAGCUAUACCCCAACAUCUCUGAAGGUCAUGGUUCAAGACAUUCCCACCUCGAUGUGUUACUCUUUGACUGAUCCACAUGUCAUCACACUUGAUCGCAGGCGUUAUGAGAACCACCAGACUGGCACCUUCCUUCUAUACCGAAGUCUUGCCAGGAGGUUUGAGGUCCAUUCUCGCCAGUGGGACUGUGGCAGCAGACACUACUCGGUUGCCUGCAAUUGUGGCGUUGCUGUGCAAGAGGGGAAUGACAUAGCAAUCAUUGACAUGUGCAAUGGCCAGCUUCAAGAGACCCGACCUCAGCUUAUUGUAAAGAACAUUGGUGAGGAGGGGAGUCGGGUCAGGAUCCUGGAGUCCCAUCAGGGAAAGAAGGUCACCUUGAUGUUUCCCUCUGGGGCAUUUGUCAGGGCAGAUGUAAGCGACUGGGGGAUGAGCUUGUCUGUCCAAGCUCCAAGUGUCGACUUCAGCAACACUCAAGGAUUGUGUGGAACCUUUGACCACAACAGCAACAAUGACUUUCAUGGUUCCAAUGGUGGUUUUUAUGGUCCUGAUGAUUUGGAACGCUUCAUUGAGGACUGGAGGAUAGCUCCUGGUGAGAGUUUAUUUGACAAUACACCGCCUCUGAUCGUGCAAAAGGCCAGACGUCCCUUCUGUCAAUGCCACAGAGAGUUUACCCCAUCUCAACAAUAUAGCAGAGGGAUGGUGCACAGUCCUUUAUCUCACUCUGACUGCUCUGCAUACGACAAUGUGGAUUACACAUCUGUUUUUCCUUCCAUGGAUACAACAGCAGAAUACAUCAGGAGUCCCAAAAGAGAGGAACGCAUCCUGGAAGUGUCUGCUUUGAGUAGUCAUCCUCUGGAGGGAAGGCACUUGUGGAUUAAUGGACAGAGAAGUCAACAUGGAGAUGAUUUUGAACUGGAUGUCGAGUUGAGAGAAGAUCUGUUGCUUUCACUACACAGGCCAAAGAGACACACUUCCUUUGAAUUUCAGCCCCUCUUUGCUGCUCAGAGCCUGAGCCAAACAGAUUUGGAAAGUUUUGCCUACUUUUUUCCUGAAGAUCACCUGGCAGAAGCUAGACCAAAGGUUCAACCCCAGUGGCCCACACCAAAUGGACUGACCUCAGCCAAAGCCCUGGAGGUUUGCCAGAUGGCCUUGGUCAACUCCACCGUUGGCGUCAUGUGUGGAGGUCUGCUGGGACGCCAUCUUGAUGAAGCAGUGACUCUCUGUAUGAUGGACCUGCAGCUAAAGGAUGACCUGGGUUGGGAUGAAGCUCUACUGCCAUUUCUGGAAAAUGAGUGUGAGAAGCAGCUGCUGGACAACCGCACCCAGCGAGCCAUGGAGGUUCAUACCUCAUCAGGUGUUUCAGGGGAAGUGGUGAUGGCAUUGCGCUGCCCAAACUUAUGCAAUGGAAAUGGAGCAUGCACCGAGUGGGGAUGCCGAUGUUAUCCAAGUUACAGCAACCAUGACUGCAGCCUUUCCAUCAGCCAGCCUAUUGAGAUAACCGAUUUGGAAAACAGUGGACUAUGUGACAUCCGAACCUUUGACUGUCGCAGUGUUCGAGUGUUUGGCCUCGGCUUCAUCGACUCUGCUGAGCUCAGCUGCCUCACCACAAGACUAAAGUUCAUGAACAACGGUUGGAUUCCAGAGGAGCAGCAGAAGACAAAGGCAACUUUUCUCAGCUCCAAGGCUUUAGACUGUGCUGUUCCAACACUGAGCAGUGCAGCUAUCAGUACAGAGGACUUCAUGAUGGACGACAAGCCAUAUGCACGAUGGGACAUUAAGGUGACCAAUGAUGGGUUCCAGUUCAGCCAGGCAAAGAUGCUGACGAUUUAUGACGGUGUUUGCCAGGUCUGUGAGGCAUCGCACUCAGGACUCUGUAAGUUAAAGGAGAAGACGUGUAACAUAGACGGGAUGUGUUUUGCAGCCGGAAGUGUCAACCCCAGCAGCCCCUGCCUCGUGUGUUAUCCCGACACCUCCAAAUUCACCUGGUCUGUAAACCAAGUAAACAGGCCUCCAUCUUUCCACCGACCUCAGAGCAGCCUGCGGACAUUUGCCGGAGAGAAUUUCGUCUUCCAGUUUGCGGCGUCUGACCCAGAGGGCUCGGCGAUCCUGUUUCAGCUGGAGGACGGACCAGACGGGGCUGCGCUGUCUCCUGCUGGCCUCCUCAUCUGGAGGGUCCCCUUGGUUCUCCUGAAGGAGGAGGUUCAGCAGUCCUUCAGUUUCAUGCUCUCUGAUGAGUGCAACGCCCAGAGCACCUUCACGGUGCAGGUUGAUGUGGUGCCAUGCGGUUGCCUGAACGGAGGGACCUGCAUGAUGGAUGUCAGUUUUCCCGCCGGCAGUGGGAAGUACCUUUGUGUUUGUCCUGGGGGUAAACAGGGCGAACUCUGUGGUGAAGACGUGGAUCAGUGUUUGUCGUCUCCAUGUUCAGCUGGCAGGUGCAUCAGCACCGCCAGCGGCUACAGAUGUGAAUGUCCUGCUGGACUGAGAGGUUUAACAUGCCUGGAGGACAUCAAUGAAUGUGAGAGGAAUCCAUGUUUUCCUGGAGUCCAGUGCAUUAACAGCAUCGGCUCCUUUAGCUGUGGUCCAUGCCCCAAAGGCAUGCUGGGAAAUGGAACGACUUGUACAGCAGCAGUCUUUAGGCCGGAUGCCAUCAUCCCAACACCUUUUCCUCUUACAACUGUUUACAAGAUACCAGAUGUUCUGCUGCGAGUUCCAACAAAGACAGACCCUUUCCACAGAGCUUCCACCUCUUUGAAGUCAGAGGUGGGCAAAGAGACACCAGGAACUGGGACCAAAGCAGAGUCCACCUCUUUGAGGAAUAUCCCAGGAAUUACCCCCAACUUAAAGGUCAGGACGGCGGAAACCAACAAGAGUGUGGCAGCAGAUGCUUCCCAACACAUAGGUGGUCAGUCAAGAAAACCUCAAAGAGGUCCUUUGGUUUCAUCCAAGCCCAUCAGCAACACUUUUGAGGACAACUCAGAGAGUACAGCCAUGAAAGAGACACUGGACCAGACAACAGUAAAGAAUGAAGUCGGGAAUACUUCCAAUAAAACAUCAGAAUCAGGUCCGGUUCGGGCUGUCCCCAUCUCAGCAACAUGUGCCAGCAGGCCGUGCUUCCCUGGAGUCCAAUGCAUCAACCGCAGGCCUCCACAUGUUGGUUACGUCUGUGGUCGCUGCCCCCCUGGACUUCACGGCAAUGGUCGCAUCUGUAUGAAGACCCCCAAGGAAGCAUCCAAUGUCCUCCCUCAGCAGCAGAUGUUUGGUAAAUCCAGCCAAUAUUUGCAUGUAAGCAAAGCCAAACCUUCCCAACUUCACCUCCACCUGCCAAGCUUCCCAUCCAGGCAAUCUAUCAGGCGUCCACCUUUAUCAGUGGCCACACAAGACAAUCCACCACAUCAGGAUUCAUCAUCACAGAGAGGCGGUGGAACAGGGAGGAGGGAAGCAGUCUCCUCUUCCUCCAGAAACGCUCCAAGGACAUCAUCCAACGCUUUAUUCACUCCCCACUCCACUCAUGAGAUUGCCAUCUCCAGAACUGUCACCAGGACAUUCACCAGGUCAAGAACUACAACCUUUAGAGAGUCGGGUCCCAAGACGACCCAGAAGUCUGAACGAGCUACAGCCCUUAAAGUGACGCCACCACAGGGAGUUCAACCACAGCUCAAGUCCUGGACGCCUCCAAAGCCUGCGCUCCCUCUCACCGCCGCCCUCACAGCUCUGUCCUACACUCUGUCUGAAUCAGAGUUCUCCGCAGACGGAGACGAACUUGAUCCUCUGCCCGAGGGUCCACAAGCACCCACAGCACCAACUCCUACACCUUUUGUCCAGGCGGUCUCCAGCUUCACACCACAUAAACCUACGUCCAAUCAUCUCAAAAUAAGGAGCGACACAACAGCUAACAGUCAUGUGACGGCCUGCUCCAGUACGCCUUGCUUUCCUGGGGUCCAGUGUGAGCCGGCAGUGGGUGGGGGUUUCCGCUGUGGGAGGUGUCCUGCAGGAUACAUAGGAGAUGGACACGCAUGUCGGGCUGUAUGCAGGCACAUGUGUGGCAGAAACAUGGAGUGUGCUGCACCCAACACAUGCCGCUGCAAACCAGGCUAUAUUGGCUCAAACUGCCAGACAGUAAUAUGUGAUCCGGAGUGUGUGAACGGCGGGGUUUGCAUUGCUCCAGGUGUGUGUCAGUGUCCUGGAGGUUUCCAUGGAGAGAUUUGUGAAGAAGCUCUGUGCAGGUUUCCAUGUGAAAAUGGAGGCAGCUGUGUGGGACUGCAGACCUGUUCCUGUCCAUAUGGGUUUGUUGGUCCCCGAUGUGAAACCAUGGUCUGCAGCCGUCACUGCCACAACAGAGGCCAGUGUGUGUCCCCAGACGAGUGUAAGUGUCCUCCAGAGUGGACCGGACCGUCCUGUGAGAUAGCUCUAUGUUCACCCGUCUGUCUGAACGGAGGAACUUGUUUUCGGCCGAACGCCUGCGAGUGUCCCCGCGGUUUCUACGGAGCGCAGUGUCAGAACGCUGUCUGCAGUCCACCCUGUAAAAGCGGCGGUGUGUGCAGGAGGAACAACCUCUGCUCCUGCCUGCAGGGAUUCUCUGGGGAGCGCUGCGAGAAAAGUGUGUGUGACCCCAUGUGCAUGAACGGCGGCAGGUGCGUCGGCCCAGACGUGUGCGACUGUCCGUCCGGCUGGCGAGGGAAGAGAUGCGACAAACCCAGCUGCCUGCAGACGUGUCUGAACGGAGGGGAAUGUAUUGGUCCAAACACCUGCCACUGUCCGCCGGGCUGGCAGGGAUUUCUCUGUCAGAUCCCUCGCUGCGAGACACCAUGUUUGUUCGGCAGCCGCUGCGUUCGGCCUAACGUCUGCGCCUGCAGAGCCGGGUUCACCGGAGCUCGGUGUUCACAGAGGCUCCCAGUCGCUCGCGGCUGAAGAUCAGCGGAUUAUUGAUCCAAAUUCUCUGACUACUGUAGAAACCCGCCAUGUUCAGGUUCCUCGUCUAUAAUCUGACUUUCUCUAUCAGUAUUUAUUUAUUUGAAUGUUUUAUAUUGUCACAUAUCCUCGAUGUAUAUAUCUUAAUCACUUUGUAAUCUGCUGCUUCCCAUCGAAUCUUUGUUUACUGGAAGUUUUGUAGGAGAAUAAAAAGUAUUUUAUAGGUUUUUCUGAUGGGAUUGGUCUAUUUCCUGGAGCUUCUACUCAUUUGAAUUUUUCAAAUCAGUUCAAAUAUUCAAUAAUAUGCUUAAAAAUGCUCCAUAUUUCAAGGAGUAGAUUAUUCUAGAUUAUUUGAACUAAAGCAAAAGAGGAUUGUGGAUUAGGCUAACCUUUCAAAAUAAAGCUCACAAAUUUUCUUUAAAAUAAAAGCCUUAAUUUGUAGCUCUAAUCCAAAACAUUCUUGAUGAAUGGAAGCUAAGGAUAAACUGAGAUACUUUUCACAAUAAAAGUCUGUUUUUUCAUGGUUUAAUUAUUACAGAGGUGGUUCAGUGGCUCCAAAUGGGGUUUAAAGUCUAAAACUGAUGCAUUGUGGGUCUGAAGUUAGGAAUAUUUGGAAAACACAAAAAUUCAAGACAUAAUAAAGAUACAUCAUGAAAAUAGGGUGUUUCAGUAAAAUCAGUAGUAGGGUGAUAAGUAGUAUAUUUAAUUGUAUUUUGAAGUAUCACAUUUGGUUUUACAAAUAAUGACUUUAAUACAUCACAUUCAAAUCAUCAGUUUUUUAUCAUUCUAUCCAAGUUUUACUCUCCUAAAAUCUUUUUACAGUUUCGUCUGGUAAUAUUGUGUCUUUAUUCUGUAAAUAUUAUGACUAUUCUCGAAAUUAAAAGAAAAAUCCCAAUCUGGCCUCAAUACCUUGUCAUAAAAACUUUAUUUAGAGAUAUGGGGAAGUUUUUGUGGUUUUGAGGUAAAAUUAUUACUGGGGAUUUACCACCCUCUAUUGGCGACAAUAGAAAACAACAAAAAUAUUACAUGAUGUGAUAAAUUAUCACUAAAAACACACAAAAAAACAAAACAUGGAUGACACUUCACUGCAACACAAUGUUACUUUUUAUCAUUGGAUUCUGUUUAAAUAAAGGCAAUAAAGCAAUAUUUGCUGGAAAUCGACAACUUGAGUGUCAGUGGGAGCUCCAGCAGCAGCAGCAGCCCACAUGAGGCAGAUAUUUAUAUCUGUCCCCAAAGAUGGUUCUGGAGCGGACGGCGGAGGUCCGGCCGGGUCCCACCUGGACUGUUCACUCAGCAGGAGCUCAGAGCAGCCGGCCAAAGUUCGCCUGCAGCCCCUUAGAUCCCGACAAACAAACACAAACACGCUGAGCGGGAGGAUCUGGACUGAGUUCCUGCUGUCUGAUUGAAGGAUGCACUGAUCAAACAGCUGGAGAGAAAUUUAAAACAACUGGACUGCAAAAAGGUUCUGUUUAUCACAAAA